GCCACCGGCUGCCACCAGCGCCGGGGUCACCGCGCCGAGCCCCGGCCGCAGCGGGAGGAGGAGGAGGAUGGCGGGCGGCGAUGAGAAGCGGCGCCUGCUGAGCGAGGGCAGCGGCGGGUGCUCGGUGGGGAAGGACGGACAGAGCGCGGCGCACGGACAGGAGCCCGCGCUGGAGCUGGGCACGCGGCGUGGGCAGCACUGCCACACGCGGGGACACGGCGCCCACCCCGGGCAGCAGCAGCGGGCACGGAGGAAGCUCUACCUGGCGGCUGGCAUCUGCCUCUUCUUCAUGGUGGGGGAGGCCGUGGGUGGGUACCUGGCACACAGCCUGGCCAUCCUGACGGACGCUGCCCACCUGCUGACGGACUUUGCCAGCAUCAUGAUCAGUCUCUUUGCCCUCUGGGUGUCCUCACGGCCCCCCACCAAAACCAUGAACUUCGGCUGGCACCGAGCAGAGAUCCUGGGCGCUCUGCUCUCCGUGCUCUCCAUCUGGGUGGUGACGGGGGUCCUGGUUUACCUGGGGGCGCAGCGCCUGCUCUCGGGUGACUACGACAUCGAGGGAGGGGUCAUGCUCAUCACCUCCGCCUGCGCCGUAGCCGUCAACAUCGUGAUGGGGCUGGCUCUGCACCAGACGGGCCACGGGCACAGCCACGGGGCAGGCGGCGAGCAGCCCAACGCCAGCGUCCGAGCCGCCUUCGUGCACGUCCUGGGGGACCUGCUGCAGAGCCUCGGCGUGCUCAUCGCCUCCUACAUCAUCUUCUUCAAGCCCGAGUACAAGUACGUGGAUCCCAUCUGCACCUUCCUGUUCUCGGCGCUGGUGCUGGGCACGACGCUGACCAUCCUCCGGGACGUGCUGCUGGUGCUCAUGGAGGGGACCCCCAAGGGGAUGGAUUUCAACGCCGUGCGGGACACGCUGCUGGCGGUGCGGGGCGUGGAGGCCGUGCACAGCCUGCACAUCUGGGCGCUGACCGCGGCACAGCCGCUGCUGGCGGUGCACAUCGCCAUCAACGCGGCCGCCAGCGCGCAGGAGGUGCUGGAGGAGGCGAGCUCGCGGCUGCAGGGCGCCUUCCGCUUCCACAGCACCACCAUCCAGGUGGAGAGCUACUCCGAGGAGAUGCGGGACUGCCGGGAGUGCCAGCCCCCCCGCGACUGACCCCCGGCACCUUCCAUGUGCGGCAAAUAAAGCAGAGCACACGGGGCUGUGUGUGCGGGGGGAUGCUGGGCCCGGCUUUAUCUCCGCUAUCUGCAGCAGCCAAGGACACACCCAGAGCGGCUGUUGGAGGCACCUAACAUUCCGUAUUUCCGUCCAGCUGGGAGGAAAGCCAGC